UCAAAAUUGAUAGAGGGAAACUUUGACGGAUUUCUUAGCAUGCAAUUUUUGCAAAAUUUCCAUUAAUCAAUAGCUGCCUCAAUAAGUGAGUAAGCGACUAAAUAUGAUUAAAAUUAGAACAUUUUUAGGGACAAUUUCUGAUUGAUCAAGGUUCUUUUUGCUUUACCUUGAACUCAAUAAAACAAAAUCAAUACUGAUGGGAAAGAAGCGUUUUACGCGUUGACAGUGGCGUUUACAUAUGGCAUUUUUGCCAAACACCUUCUUCUUCCAAUAGCGAAGCUCAAAAUGUUUGUUUAGUUCGCAUUUCUUCGAUAAAAUAUGCUGUUCUUUCAUACUGGCAGGCAAAAUCUUCAUUACAAUCACUAAAUAAAUGCUCAAAUGAAUUAACCCCAAUAUAUCCGCGAAACUAUCAAUGGCCGCAUUAAAAUAAUGGCUUGCUCCGCACAAUCAGCCUCUUUAGGAGAAAAUACGUCCAGCGACGAGGAAAGCCCGGAAUGGAUUUUAGCAAGACAAGGGAUAAAUCUAUUAAUUAACAAUGGCUAUGCUGAGUCGGAAGCUUUAUUUUGCAAAUUUCCCAACAGUCUGGUUAUGUAUGCUGGUUACUCUUUUACUGUUUUUAUGGACGCAUUGAUGAGUUUUGAGGAGGAGAAACUUUCAAAAGCAAUAGUAGUUUUAAAGGAAGUCGAAAAACGAUGCACUGCUCAAACCGGCUGGUUUAAGUCUAUAUCGCAGAAGGUUUUCGGUUCUUCCAUUGAGAAUGCUCAAACGCUUGCGGAUCAGUUGGAAACUCAGAUCAUCUUAGCUGAUUCACAAGUUUGCUUGGCAAUUAUUACUUUUCUGCAACAAGACUUGUCUGGCUACUUCAAAGGUGGGUGGGUGUUGCGCAAGGCCUGGAAAGUUUAUCAGCGAAGUUACAAGGAUAUUUUAACUCUCUACAAAGAGAAGGUGGGAGCCCUUCAACUACCCGAUCCUAUUCCAACUCCUUUGACACCGAUUUGCGAUUUCAAUGGACCUGCCACCGAAUUCGAUGAUGAAUCUGAAGCAGAUUGGGACCUCCCUGAGCCCCAAUUCAAUGGGUAUUCCAAUUCAUCCAAGUCCAAAAUUUCGCAUUCCACUUCCUUAAAUUUUGCCGAAACUCGCGCGACUCAUUUUGAGAGAGACGGUGGAUCAUCGACUUCUCACAAAAUAUAUAGCAAUAAUAUCAAUAGGCCAAACAGUUUAUCUUUAAGAAAGUCAACAUCAGCCAUUAAUUCUUUAUCGGCAAGAACCCGACGUUCCACACGGUUACAUUUAAAUACUCUUUCAAAUACUCUAUCCGUAUCCAAUUUAACUUCGUCCUUAAGAGAUAUAUUUCCUGGUCAUGACACACAAUCAGAAGUGAUAGAUAAGAAAACAAUCAUGCGCUUAAUGGAAGCUGUUUCAUUUGGAUAUGGGCUUUUUCAGCUAGGAGUUUCACUAUUACCACCUUCAUUGACCCGGUUGAUUAGUUUCUUAGGAUUCGCUGCUAACAGACAAAAUGGGAUAUCGUGUUUAAUGUAUGCGAGGCUUGGUGUGGAUAUGCGAGCUCCACUAGCAAGUUUAGCUUUGUUGUGGUAUCAUACAAUUGUUCGGCCGUUUUAUGCGAUUGAUGGGGUAAAGGUUCAAGCUGGCGUGGACGCUGCCACGCUACUAAUAAAAGAAUCUCAAAACGAGUUUGGAAAUUCGGCGCUGUUUCUAUUUUUUGCUGGUCGAACCAGUAGACUAAACUCUAGCAUUCCCUCUGCCUUGGACUCUUUUGAAAAAGCCAAACAAAACGCUAAUCACCGGGAAAUUAAAAUACUGUGCUUACACGAAAUCGGAUGGUGCCAUCUAAUUGAACUGGACUAUUCAAAUGCCAGAAACACUUUUGUGCGUUUGAAACACGCUAGCCGAUGGUCCAUGUCAUUUUACAUAUACUUAGCGGCAAUUUGCAUCGGUGCCGUUCAAGAUUUUGCCAAUUUUAGUAUAUUUGCUGAGCUACGAAAAAGUUCACGAACUUCCAGAGCAGGACAAUUGGAUGAUUUUUUAAGACGAAGGGUCCAUUGUUGUCCGAAAGACUUGGAAACAGCGAAAAGCUAUACGAGUUUUUAUUUCAAGUUGUUGGUGUUCGAAAUGCUUUAUCUAUGGAAUGCUUUGGCCAGUUGCAGUCGAGAAAAGGUCGAUCUGAUCUUAACAGAGUGUAAAAAUAUGAUCUCACCAUCUGAUGAACCCCGACUAGGAUUGGCUAAUUUAAUAUUGGGAUCUUGCCAUAGCAUAAAAGGAGAUCUUAAGUUGUCUGCCAUAUACUUUCGGAAUUGUUUAUCUCAGCGUAAAAACGAAUUAGCAACGGCUGAAGAUGCUCACAUAUCAGCUUUCGCUCAAUACGAGCUCGGACACAUUUUAACUCAAUCGGAAGAGACAAGAGAGGAAGGAAAAUUGUUACUGGAGCAAAUGAAUCGCUAUUCGCAUUAUGAUUUUGAGGCCCGCUUGAAUGUAAGGAUACAUUCGAUACUCAGGCACCUGGAGUAAUAACAGACGAUACUGUACAAGAUCUGUUACUUAAUUCAUACAAAUAUUUCUACCAGAGCUUGAUAAUAUAUUUAUUCACGUUGUAAAUAGAGAGUCUAGAGGAUUUAAAACACAAAGAGGUAUUUUUGACACGGUGAAAUAACCUGAUAAAAAGCCGAAUUUCUAAUAGGAAAUGUGUCUCAGCUUCAGAAGCAGUAAAGUAGUAGUUAAAGCAGUUAAA